AGAUCACACAAAAUCAAAGACAAAAGCUAAAGCAACAAGUUGCAUCUAAAGACAAAUUUCAUAUAUCAUUGAAAUGGCAUUCAAAUACAUCACUAUCCUGUCCCUCAUUGCUGUCGCCAGUGCUGGAGUCUUACCUUUGGUGCAAGAUCACCAUCAUCAGGCCUAUGAACCUCAAAUCUAUCACUCUGCUGCAGUUCCAACUCUUGUCAAGGCUGUUGCUCCCGCCCAAUACAAAUUUGCAUAUGAUGUCAACGAUCAUCAAACUGGUGAUAAUCACAGUCAUUCAGAGGAACGUGAUGGUGAUUUGGUUCAUGGUGAAUACUCCUUGAUUGAUGCCGAUGGUUUCAGACGUGUGGUCCAAUACACCGUGGAUCCUCAUAGUGGAUUUAAUGCUGUUGUCAACCGUAUUCCUUUGGAACAUGUCAAGACUGUGGUGAAGCAAGUCGCUCCCGUAGCCUAUGUUGCUCCCACUCCAACUUAUGUUAAACAAUAUGCUGUUCCUCAAGCCUAUCAUCAACACCAUUAA